AUGCCCUUUGCUCAGCUUGUAAUCGGGCCGCCGGGCUCGGGAAAGUCGACAUACUGCGAUGGCAUGCAGCAGUUCAUGGGCGCAAUCGAGCGCAAGUGCUCAGUCGUCAACCUCGACCCUGCCAACGACCACACCUCAUAUCAACCUGCGGUGGACGUGCGGGAUUUGGUGACAAUAGACGAGAUUAUGGAGCAAGAAUCUCUGGGUCCAAACGGUGGAGUGCUGUUUGCGCUCGAGGAACUGGAAAACAACUUCGAGUGGUUAGAGGAAGGCUUGAAGGAGCUUGGAGAUGACUACGUUCUGUUCGAUUGCCCUGGCCAGGUCGAGCUCUUCACGCACCAUGGGUCACUGCGAAACAUCUUCUUUCGCCUUCAAAAACUUGGGUAUCGACUCGUCGUCGUACACCUGACUGAUUCCAUCAUCGUAUCACGACCGUCGUUAUACGUUUCCUCCCUCCUACUCGCGCUGCGCAGCAUGCUGCAGAUGGACCUUCCUCACAUCAAUGUCCUCACCAAGAUCGACAACCUCCGAAACUACCCAAACCUGCCGUUCAACCUCGAUUUCUACACAGAAGUACAGGACCUGCAAUAUCUGCUACCCCACCUGAACCGCGAGCAAACCUCUGGCAUUCCAGGCCCAACGCCAACUGGCACAAAUGACGAUGUGGAUAUGGACGAUGAACCGACGUCGAAAUUCUCCGCACUGAAUAAAGCGAUCGUUGAACUGGUCGAGGACUUCGCGCUAGUGGGCUUCGAAACACUCGCUGUAGAAGAUAAAAAGAGCAUGAUGACAUUACUGCGAGCUAUAGACCGUGCAGGUGGAUAUGCCUUCGGUGGAUUGGAAGGGGCAAAUGAGACUGUGUGGCAGUUGGCAAUGCGGCAGGAUGCGGUCACUAUGGAUGCCCGAGAUGUGCAGGAGAGGUGGUUGGACAGACGGGAUGAGCUUGACGAAGAGGAGGAGAAAGCAUGGGAGGAAGAGACCAAGGACAUGCGAGAUGCGCCGCAAGAACCAGCUCAAGGGCCUCCCAGAGCGAGUGCGUCAAACAAUCCAGCAAACGAGGAUGAGGAUAUGAAUGAACUGGAGGAGAUGAAGCAGUUUAUGGAGAAGAAAAAGAAGGAGGAGGAUGGGAUCAACGUUGUUCGGAAACCAGGAGGUGGCAUGUAG